UUAUGGACAAAAUAUGAUAAUUUGUUCGAAAAUAUUAUGUGAUAUCAGUGCCUAAAAUAUCUGUAUUAUAUUUUAAAUUAAUAUUAAUUAUUAGGCAUAUUUAUUUGCUUAUUAAUUCAAAAAAAAUAAUGUUCUUAUCAUAAAUUGAAUGUCUUAUGAAUACGGAUGCUAAACACACAUCAUGUCACAAGAACCGUUAAUUGUACAAGCAAUCUACUCAUUUAAAGGAUCCAACAAUGAUGAGCUCUGUUUUAAGAAAGGAGAUAAAAUUACUGUAACACAGCGUGAAGAUGGAGGUUGGUGGGAGGGGACCCUUGGUGAAAAGACUGGAUGGUUUCCUAGUAAUUAUGUCAAAGAAUGUAAAGAGGUUGUUAGCCCUACGCUAUCUCCAAUUAGGACUCCCGAUGUAAAUCAACAACGUCAAUAUAGAGCUGUUGUUUUAAAGGAUUUGAUCGAUUCGGAAAAAGCCCACAUAACUGAGUUGCAAGGUUUAGUGAACAAUUUUCUUCAGCCACUUGAAAAAAGUGACAUAUUGACUCGGGAUGAAUUUCGUCAGUUAACUGGAAAUUUAUUAGAAAUAUUAGAUGUUCACACUCAACUAUUAAGUUUAAUUGAAGAAUGUGUGUCUCGGCCGAAUAAUGAGCAACGUGUCGGAAAAUUAUUCUUGCAGUGGGCACCUCGAAUUAAAAGUGUGCAUCAAGCAUACUGUGCAAUGCAUCCAAAAGCUGUUUGCAUCCUUGAUAAAUACAAGACUGAAUUAACUACAUUUAUGGAAAACGCUGGAGCGGCAAGUCCUGGUUUACUUGUACUAACCACGGGUCUCAGUAAACCAUUCCGUCGACUGGAUAAAUAUCCGGGUAUGUUACAAGAAUUAGAGAGACAUGUGGAAGAAAGUCAUCCCGAUCGUGGAGAUACACAACGUUCAGUCGCUGUGUAUAAAGAAAUCGCUGCCAGUUGUUCGGCGACACGUCGUCAAAAAGAAUUAGAGCUACAAGUAUUAACAGGGCCUGUACGUGGAUGGGAAGGACAAAGUUUAACACAACUCGGUGAUAUUUUACAUAUGGGAUCCGUUGCUGUUGGACCUCAACAUCAUGAUCGAUAUUUGGUGUUGUUCCCUACAACUUUGCUGGUUUUGUCUGUGAGUCAUCGAAUGAGUGCCUUUAUUUACGAGGGAAAAUUACCUCUAACUGGAAUUACAGUUUCAAAAUUAGAAGAUAAUGAAACAUAUAAAAAUGCGUUUGAAAUAUCAGGCCCGUUAAUUGAACGAAUAAUCGCAGUAUGUCAAAGCCGUGAUGAAGCACAAGCUUGGGUGGAUUUGUUACAAAAACAUACACAAUCUCGGAUUGUAUCGAAAACAAUGAAUACAUCAUCAUCAGACUUAGGUCCACCACAACCGCCUCCACAUGAUAUUACAAAACUAGAUCCACGUGGUUAUUCAACGCGUGCCUCAAUAUUGGUAUACACCUGCCAGCCAUCAUUGCCAUUCAAAUGCACAUACCCACCGCUUACGUAUCCGUCAGCAUCACCUUACGCACAUUUAACAAAAUAUUUUUCACGUUUAGUGCGUCAUAAACGUAUAACUCGCGAUAUAUUAAAAAAUUUAUUAUAUCCACAAUAUUCGGAUACUCUUAAAGUGGAUAUAGCCUCCGUAAAACGUCGUAGACAUUACUCAGAAUUUAUUAUGGUUAAGUCUAGUUCAAACGAUUGGCAAAAGGUGAGUGUUAUUGUGAUUAGUUCCGGUAGUGACGACGAUGAUUCACCAGAUACCGAUUCAGAUAGUUCCGAUACAGAUGUGGCAAAUACUGGUGAUGCAAAUAAAUUAAGCCCAUUAUCACGACAAAACGCUUUGGAUAAAGAUAGUAAAUCUACUGCGAGUAAUGGAAGCACAGCAAGCAAUCCAUUUGGAUUCAUUCGAUAUUACAAUCCCAGUGAAAACUAUGAAUCCUCAGAAAGUUUUAUUGAUCAUGGAGAAAAUUGUACCAAUAAAAAACCAGAAAGCAUCAUUCAUACAUCUACGGCAAAAUUACAACUAGCGGUAAUUCAACAAUCCUCGCAAAAUUCAGAUAAUUCAAGUUUUGAUUGUCGUACAAAUGAACCUUACAUGGCCUGUGAGGAUCUCUUAAAUUUAGAUGAAUCACUGCGUAUACCUGAAAUGACACCUCUUGGAACAGUUCAUCGAUCGAAAUGUGUGCCAUCACAACGACAAAGUUGCCCAACAAAAUUAGUAGCAAAUAAGUUCAAUAAAUGUUCGUUAACUACAAUUAACGUCCCGACACCGCCAUGGCAAUCGAAUAGUGAAGACAAUAUUUGUUCUACUCAAAAAGAAUCACCAUCAUCCAGUUCUAGUUCCAGUUCAUCACUAACUCACUCCAGUUGCCUAGAUUUACCAAUCUUACCAGCAAAUACAUUUCCUGCGCCGGAUGAUUUGCUCGCAGAAAUUUUAUAUAAUACUCCACCGUCGUUAGAUCCGAAUCUUAUAUCACCUCCAACGCUAACACAUCAACCGGAAUCGGCAUCGAGUGAUCGUAGCUGUGAUACAGUAAGAGCUGUUAUACGCCCACCAAAAAAUUUCCGUAAUGAAGGUAGCGUUAGCCCUGAACCAAAAUUAGAUGAUGUACUAUCAAUUCCAGUUGAAAAUAUUGGAUUUCGUAAACAUAGUAUUAAUUCGGAUAAACCAAAACGACGUUCCAGUAUUCAUAUUGAUAAUCCUUCGGCGAAUGAGCUAAAGCGAUGUGUGAGCUUUCAAUAUAUUCAAAUUCAAGAUCCAAGUAGCACUUCGGCAAGUACAUCGUGUUGCCCAUGUUGUAAUAGUCCUAGAUCAUCCGAUUCAGGAAUGGCUGGAAGCUAUACGCUUGCUUCACCAGAUUAUCCACAGUUUCCGUUUUGUGGAUGCCAGCGGAGCAGUAACAGUUCUUCGACAUUGAAUUUCAUGAUAAACGAUGAACGAUAUCAUAGUUUAUCGAUUGAUGAAAUUAAUCGUUAUAAAAUCUUAACCGGACGUGAGCCAGAUCAGCGCUCAAACGGUUCCACAUCACAAAUGGAACCAUCAGAUUUCGAAUCACAAUGUAGAUGCACAUCGCCGUUUGGCUCAACCCCACGUACAUCCUGCCAACCAUCGAUAACAUCAGGGAAUAUUUUGGUUGAAUCAACUGAUUCGGCAACAACAUCAGUAACGUCCAGCUUAGAUUUAAAUCCAUUACCUACACCACAACCUUGGGAAUCUGAGAAUCAAAUUCACCGAAAAUUAUCAGCAAUCAGACGAACACAAUCAUCUAAAGCUCUAUCGCGUAAUCGUGAACAGUCAUCACGUCCAGAAAUUCCUCAAAGUUCAACGUCUUCCACACAACAACAGGGUGUUUAUCGAUCUGGAAUGUAUGCACAUUGGUGGUUGAAAGCAAAAAUUCCAUCAUCCGUGGUGGUUGGAAUUGUCCAAGCAACUAGUCAAGGGAAUAAUACAUCAACUGCAGGCAAGGAUGAUGCGACACACGCUAUGUUUUCGCUGGCUUUUAAGUUGUGGUGUUUAAUGUCACCCAUCCCACCAACAACAGUCGGAGGGAGCCAACAAAAUCGAAUGUCAAACACAACAAACAGCAACAAUAGCAGUGGACUUCUUAAACGUGCGCAUACAUUCAGUCAUUCCAAUACACUGCCUACAACGAAUACUACAUCUAAUCAAAAAUGUGUAUGGACUAUUAGCUCCUUACGGCCAUCACCACCAAUCAUACCUAGUUUAGAUAAGCAAACGUCGUUGUUGUUACAUCAUGAUCGACGAAAACCAACAACAUUCGAGGAAGAUGCACUCAUCUUAAAAGUAAUUGAAGCUUAUUGUUCAUCGCCAAAAGCUCGUAAUACUGUUAGUUCAGUGGAUUUGGGUUAUUUGUCACGUGGUGGUAAUGUACUCUUGCAUGAUCAACAUAAUAAAAAAAUCCAUGCAACACAGCUACAUCGUUCCAAUCCACAUUUAUAUUCACAAAAUAACACUAGCAAAGAUCAAAGUAAAUUUUGGCAUCAUCAUAAUACAUUGAUACCAACAUCACAGGGAACAGGAACAGGGACAGCACGUGCAUCAACUUGGUGUUGUGGUUCUUUUAUGCUCAAACAAUUGAAAAAAACACAACAUUUAGAUUAAUUCAAAUUAAUUUUAUUUUGACCAUUGAAAAAAAAUGUUAGUGCCCAUAGGAUUGUGCCCUAAAUUUAUUUCAUAGUGCCUGAAUUAAAUAGAAGUAUGGUAAAGAUUAAGUAUUAAUUGCGCAUAAGCAUGCGCUUGGAUAAAAUAAAUAUACCAAUAGUUGCAUAGUUACCGUUAUCAAAUCAAAGAUUGUUCUCAGAUUUUAAGAAACGCUGAGACUGUAACCACGUCGCAUGAAUCAUCAAUAAAUAAGUGUUGUAGCCAAAUAAUUUCAUUCGUGUCUAAAUAAAUUCAUUUUGCAGAUUUUCUUAUCUUUGAUUUUGUCGAAUCUUGUGUAAAAAUUUUAUUUGUAAAUGCAUACAGAAUCUAACUGCUCUUUUGUUUUUUCCGUUAGCGUCACGUGCGAAAAUUCUAAAUAUGCUGACUUUUUUACCUGAAAAUACCCUUUUUCUCCUAACUAUUUACCCGGUUUCUACUUGGUUGUGCGAAGAGGCUUUGAAGAGUGAGAAACUCUUAGACCAUAUGAAGGAUUUAAUUAAUGCCAACAGAUUUUAAGUCAACUUGGUCGCUAUGUCAGAAUGGAUUAGUCUUUCCAAUGAAUAGGUAGAGUUUGUAAGUGACAUAGUAGAUGAGUCAUCGUUGCCUAUUUUUCUUACCUUACUCUAUGGUAGCUCUUGCAAUAGCCAAAUUUCACAAGUGGACUUAAACCUUUAGCAAAUCUGUUCCCAACUUGUAAAAUGUGGAAAGGUGCAAAAUAUUUUUUAUCUAAUGAUUGUUCCAUGCGCGAUUGGGUUUAAUAGUCUCAGCGUAUAAAAGAAUUGCGCAAAAAUUCCUAGUCACAAAAUAAUAUAUUUAAUUUAGAGAAUAUUGAAUUAUGGGUGCUAUUUAAAAAGUAAAUUUAUGCUUGCCACAAACUAAUAAAUAUUUUUGUUAAUAAUUUUUAUAAGCUUUAAUUAGAUUUUUGGAUUUAGUGCAAACAAUAAUUUUAUAACUCGUAUAGAUAAAAUAAAUAUUUAUUGAUAUAAAGGCGAUGACUUUAUAUUCGCCAUUUUUCAAACUGUGUUAUUAGGGAAAUAAAAUAAUUUUCUCAAAAAGAAAAAAAAUAAUAUUUCAGUGGUUCAGUGAUUUUAAACACCUUGUUUUUGAACUGUUUGAUACAGAAUAAAGUUAUUUUGUAUCGACAAAUCAUCUUUCAAAAAGAAUCUCAGGACUUGAAUGUGCCGAAAAGUGUAAAAUAAUUCUGUGAUUUUUUUUCUGUUUUUAAAAAGAUUUCAGUUUUUUCAAUUCCAUAUAUGUCGCAUAUAAUUUCCAUGAAAAUAUCCCAUCCUUUUA